CGGAAUCCCAGUCAUUGCAGCGGCAGUGAGAAAGAGACACUUGUACCUUGUUGAGCUCGUGUGGCACUGAGAGGAGACCACCACCAAGGAUCUAGCCGUAGAUUUUCCCUUACUACCGGGACGAAAAUGUCUGACCAUGCCACCUCUGCCGCGGAGGAAACUAGUUCCGCUUCGUACAAUGACGGCACGCAGGAGGCGCCAUCCGGAAUGAGCGCAGUGGUCAAAAAGAACAGAAAGAAGGCAAGAAGAAUGAGAAAAAAAGCGCAAAAAGGAAGUUCUCUUACCACUGGAACGGAAAUGUCUGACCAUGUCACCUCUGCAGCGAAGGAAACGGGUUCUGCUUCGUACAAUGCCGGCACGGAGGAGGCGGCUUCGGGAGAGAGCGCAGUUGUCAAGUCGAAGAGAAAGGAGGAGGAAGGAAGAAUGGGAGAAGAAGCACAAACAGGAAGUUCCCUUACUACCGGAACGAAACUGUCGGAUCACAUCAUCUCUGCCAGGAAGGAAACGGGUUCUGCUUUAUACGGUGUCAGCAAGGUGGUGGCAGCUUCCACACUGAGCGUAGUGGCCAAGUCGAGUUCUGCUCUAUACAGUGUCAGCAAGGCGGCGGCUUCUGGACUGAGCGAAGUGGCCACAUCGUUGCCGUACUUACGCAUAACAGGAAAGAAAACGACUACAUAUUCAAGUUUUGCCUCGGAGAGGACGGACCAAUUGGGCUCCGCUGCAUGUCCGGUCGUCGUGCGUCCCCACAAAGACGCCAAUAACUUUGAACUCCGGGACGAGAAUUUGCUACGUCUUCUCACCAACAGCGAUGUUGCAGACCUCCCUGUGGUGGUAUUGUCAGUCGCAGGGGGCUUCCGACUCGGAAAGUCCUUCCUUCUCGGCUUCUGCAUCAGGUACCUGAAGCACCUAGAUAUGUCGUCAGACCGAUCAGAUUGGAUGGACGAGGAGAAUAUACCCUUGACGGGCUUUUCUUGGAAGUACGGCAGCGAAAGAGAGACGACUGGUAUCCAGCUGUGGGGAAAAGUUUUCAAAAUCAAGACACGACAACACGGACUCGUGGCUGUCGUUCUGAUGGACACGGAAGGUUCAUUCGACAGCAGGUCCACGAUGGAAGGAAAUGUCACAGUUUUCUCAAUGAGCGUGCUACUGAGUUCUGUCCAAGUGUACAACCUGACCAAACAAAUAACCCAAUCCGACUUGGAACACCUGAAGCUGUUUACGGAGUAUGCUAGCAUGGCUAGAAGUGCUGGCGGCCGGGACAAAGAAGUGUUCCAGAAGCUCCUGUUUCUCAUUCGUGACUGGCAAUAUCCCGGAGAGAAGUCGUUCGGACUGGAAGGAGGAGAAGCGCUGCUUCAGCCUUUCCUUCAAAGGGACCCCACACUGCAAAAUGAAGUAUCCGAACUACGUGAAAACAUCCGAAACAGCUUCAGCGAAGUGAAAUGUUUCCUUAUGCCUAGACCUGGUGACGCGGUGGAGAACACGAAAUUCGACGGAAAACUUCGUGAUAUAUCUGGAGAUUUCAAGUAUCACUUGAAGAACCUCGUGUCUUGCCUUCUUUCACGUGAAAGGCUAAUUCCGAAAAAGAUCAACGGAAGAAUUGUCACGUGCAAGGAGCUCGUGUCCAUGUUUCAGACUUAUUUCACCGUCUUCAACGAGAAGGAGCUCCCUACACCCAUGUCCGUCUUCAACGCGACUGCAUUUGUCCACAACACGCGAAUCAUGGAGGAAAUUGUCAAAAAAUAUGAAACCUCCAUGGAAUGGAUCGUCCUCGGGAAUUCUGAUUCCGAAUCUGACACUGAUAUCGACGAGCAACAUCAGAAAGUGAUGAAAGAGUGCUUGUCACAGUUCGAGAAGGAACAGAAGAUGGGAAAUCACGACAGACAACUUCGGGAACAGCUUGUAAAGGAUCUCAAUCGCUCCUACGACAACUGCAAACGGUCUCGUAAAAUGAUCCGGGAGUACAACCGGGAGAUGGAGCACCGGAUCGGGAGAGAACGACAAGAUACUCAGCGUCGUUAUAAAGAGGAGAUGCAACAGAUUGCUUUUGUACAAGGAUGAUGCCAAACAAGAAUCUGGUAAUUUGUAACAUGUCCUUCGGUAGUUAAAUAAAAGAGUAGAAAAAUAAUGUGCUAAA